CAGAGCGCACAUGUAGCGUGGCUUUACUGAACACAUACCACGCUCGAAUAAGCGCAUCAAAACUCCCCUCAGCCCCAGAUCCCCGCCAAUGAAAAUGCACAAAAGCGUGACGGAGAGAGAGGGAGAGAAAGGACUCCGCGAGAUACAAAGAGUGCGCCAAAUCCCACACAAACGGACACAAGUUGAGCGAGCGGAAAGGCGGUCACAUUUCCUACUCACCUGCAAACGUGAUUGAUGUGGGAGUUUGUAUCAGUGGGUGUGUAUGCCAUGCCUGACGCUCACAGAUACGCUGACUCUACUUUCUUGGAAUUCAUGACAAUCUUUUAAUCUUCGCUCGUGCAGCAUUACACUCAGACACUCAGACGGAGCAGCAGUAUCCAGAACGCAGAAGGCACCCAGGUAUCUUUGAGAACACCAGCCUCUGUAACUCACCUCUGUCAGACCAGAACUGAGCACCGACAGAGACACCAGCCUUCAGUUUCCUGGGAGAAGAAAACAAAACUUUACGCGCACUAGGCACCUCUCCAUCACUGCUUUUCUUUAUUUUCGCUCUAUGGAGCAGGUGUUUUACACAGCGACGAUUCUUCACUUUCUCACCUGCCUGCAAAAGACUUUUGCUCCAAUCUAGUGACUUUAACGGAGGUCUGUCUCUUCAAGUCUGCUAACAGUUAUCGACAUCAAUCAAGAAUGGAUAACAGUCCUGGUGGAGGUGGAGUCAUCCUGUACGCAGGAUCCUCAGGCAGUGCCAGCCCCAGCCCUGGCAGCCCUUCCAGUGGGUACCAGACACAGUCACCCUCUUCACACUCCCAGCCCUCGUCUCCAGAGGAGGUUACCUUCACAGAGAUCGGGCCAUUUAAACAGAGGUCAGGUGGGUGCACCACCCCGUCCUCAAAACUGGUGUUCCAAUUCCCAGAGGUCUACAGUGGGCCCUCAGCAACAGCAGCAGCCCCUCCUCAUCAUACCUAUACUCACCCCAUCGUAGGGAAAAGGCCAUGUGGGUUCACAGGAACCUUCACAAAGACAGGUGGAAUGGUCCUGCUAUGCAAAGUGUGUGGAGACAUCGCAUCAGGUUUCCACUAUGGAGUGCAUGCAUGUGAAGGCUGCAAGGGUUUUUUCCGACGCAGCAUCCAGCAGAACAUCAACUACAAGAUGUGUGUGAAGAACGAGAACUGUCUGAUCAUGCGCAUGAACCGCAACCGGUGCCAGCACUGCCGCUUCAAGAAAUGCCUCUCUGUUGGCAUGUCAAGAGAUGCUGUGCGUUUUGGCCGCAUCCCCAAGCGAGAGAAGCAGCGACUUCUUGAUGAGAUGCAGAGCUACAUGAACAGCCUAAAUGAAUCAGCUGCCAUGGAAAUGGACUCAUCCUCAUCGAGGGAAACUCCCUCCAGCCCAGAAGAUGGCGACUCAAAAGAGGCCAUCGGGGCCAUCUCCAGAGCCUAUUGUGACAUUUUCACCAACAGGAACAACAGCAGCCAGGAGAGACCCGCCAAGAGGGCUAACAUCCACACCAACAACAACAACAACACAUCUCACUUGUCUCAGGAUGCUGCUUUUACCCAAGCCUCCUCUCAACCCACCCCCACUCAGAGUUAUCAGUCCUGCCCUGUUGCACAUGCAGCUCAAUGCCCAGUUGCCCCUAGAGACAACCAGCAUACUUUCCAAAAUGUUGAAAACAAUCGCUAUGCCUACUCAAUGUCAGCUAAUCAGAAUCACAAUCAAGCAAACAACACAACACCUCACAGGAGUAGCUCUGCAAAUCACAACAGCUACCGCAAUGCAGGAUGUCCCCAAAAUCAACCAUCCUGCCCGUGGAAGUUAGCUCCAGGAGCUAAAGUGCUGGCCUGUCCUCUCAAUGCAUGGCCUGUGUCUGGACCAGAGCGCUCCAGUCAGGAUAUUUGGGAAUCCUUCUCUCAGUGCUUUACUCCUGCUGUCAAGGAGGUGGUAGAGUUUGCCAAGGGCAUCCCAGGAUUUCAAGAGCUUGGCCAACAAGACCAGGUCAUGCUGCUUAAAUCAGGCACCUUCCAGGUUCUGAUGGUGAGGUUCAGCACCUUGUUUAAUGCCGGGGAGCGUACGGUUACCUUCCUGAACGGCCAAACGUAUCCCCUCUCCUCCCUGCAUGCCUUGGGCAUGGGAUCUCUGCUGGACGCAAUGUUCGAGUUCAGUGAGAAGUUGGGCUCUCUGGGUCUGGAACCUGAUGAGAUGGCUCUUUUUAUGGCUGUGGUGCUGGUUUCUGCAGACCGUUCCGGCAUCUCGGACAUGCGGGCUGUGGAGCAGCUUCAAGAGGGUUUGAUCCGAGCCCUACGGUCACUGAUCACCCGACGUCGCCCUGAUGACAUUGCCCUCUUUUCAAAACUCCUCCUGCGCCUGCCGGACCUGCGCACCCUCAACAACCUGCACUCUGACAAACUGUUGGCCUUUCGCAUCGACCCCUGAGCGGGCCAGUUGCUAUGAGAGCCCACAGACACAAACUGUUUAGCUAAAAAAUAUACAGGCGCAUCACACACAGACACACUUCCACACAUACUUUCUUCCAAGGGCAGGACCUUCUUGAAACAAUGAACAGUGCAAUCUGAGGAGUGAUUUUCGGAAGGAAAAAUGGGGGCGGUAGCGAUCUUCUUCCUGAUUCGUUAUUGCUCUUUUUGCUUCAUGUUUUAGGACAAAUACACAUAAACCUCAACAUCUCUUGAAGACAUCGUUCCAGUUUAAAAUGUAAUUUUGUGUAGAGUAACUACUACCCUUUUGGAUGCGUCAUUUGUGCACCUGCUCAUUAUAUCCAGUGUAUUUAAGAAUUAAAGCCAGUUCACUUCUGUUUAUUCCUUAAGUCAUACAGUAUCAACAAGCUAUCACCAAGAAGCAGAUGAGAGAUGGAUAUCAUAGCUCCAAACUGUUAUUACUUAGGGACCAUAAUAAAUGAUGACAACGUUUCAGUUUGUGUUUAAAUCAAAGGGAACUUGUAUAUAAUACAUAAUACAAUCUGAAAUAGUAAGGCAAUUGUGUAACACUGUUUCAUAAACAUACCAUCUGAAUUGGUACUGGAAUGAGACCAAUUCAUUAAUGUGUCACAUUUUGGAUGCUUUCGCUCUCUUUAUUGUUUUUGACAGAUCUUCCAGAAAAGACUUGGGUUAAAAAUGUGCCAACUUUAUAAGUCCAUGGCAUUUCAUUUUAUUUCCCAAAACAUGCAUCUGUGUUGCUAUAUUUUAUCACAUCUGGGCUGAUGGAGGUGCUCUAUGCAUGUCGAUUUUGUGGUUCCUUUGUUUGUUUUCGCUGUAAAUAAUGUGUUUUUACAAACGUCUAUGUCAUGAUGACUGAACUGCUAUGUUGUAUCGGACAGCUGAGUUCGGUAUGAAAGAAGAAUGUACUGACCUUGCUGUACUAGGUGGGGGUUUUGCCAUGCCAAAGGGGCUUUGCAAAGGAGGAUAUGAACUGGUAGUUGUCAGAUGGUUUAGACACACUUUAAUGAUGUAACCAACCAGCAUAAUCCCUGAAAACACCAGCAUUCACUCCACAUGCAUCCUUCCUCUGCACCCAAUGUUUGUCAUACAAACUAAAGAGAUAUUUUUUGGAUGAGAGAUAUUUGUUGAUUGGUCCUCUGACUGUUUGCUUGUUUGAUUAUGGAUGAUUGAGGACAUCUUGUAUAUUUUGUAAAUCUGUAUUCCUUAAUAGAAAUGAUAUAAACUUCAGAUUAUGUAU